CAGCUUGUGUCCUCUCAGGUGAGAAGAAGCCAACAAUGAACUUACACAAAUUGAAAACGAGCCUGAAGACAACUUCAUCCAGGAUUUCUUCGCUCUACACAACAAAGAGCGAAAUGACCUGGAGUGAGAAGUUCCUUUUGCUUAUCUCCUGCCUUAUCACCAGUUUCAUUUUGGCAGUUUUUUUCAUGCUUGGUCUCCGCUUCCCCUUAAAAAUUAGCACUGAGAUCUCACUUACUACCACUGCAGUGUUUUGGCUUUGCCUUACGCUAGCCAUGUGGUUAUCUCCAAAUGUCCGCUGUUUUGGAAUUCUGUUCCUGAUGUCCAUCAGCCUGAAACAAGGCAAGAAACAGCUCCUUACAGCUGGGACAACAGUAGUGAUCAUCUUAACAAUCCAGAACACUCUGAUGAACCUGAAGGGACUUGGAAAAAGCUUUGUUUGCAAUUUGGAGGAAAAGCGUUUUGCCAUUGACCUAGCACCACUCAGCAACUUUAUCUCCAUGUUAAAAUGGGUCGCGGUCAAUCUCAAAAACGGCCUGAUCAAUUUAACGGGUGGCACUUAUGACACUGACUUUAACCUGAAGCCGACUGUGCAUUCAGAAGAGUUUGUGAAGAAAAUAUCCGAAGCUCAGAAAUUCAUGAACAACACUGCAGAGAGUGUGUUGGUUGUGGUUGAUGGAAUAUCAUUUAUAGGAAAGAAAAUAUCUCCAGUUUUAGGGGUCUUGAUACUCGUUAUUGCGACGGUGCUUUAUCUGAGGAGGUUUCGCAUGGAAGAGAACCGAAAGCAAAAAUAUGUGUUGAUUACAAAGAAAUUCUUGAAGUAUGAUGAAAGUCAAAGAUUACAGGGAAAGCCUUCGGUUUUGCCCCUGACCAAGAAGGAGUCGAAACGUUACAUCGUUGUUCCCUCUGCACAUAUAACCAAAAAGGAUAUGAAAACCAUGAUGAAAUUUAGCCUGUCGAUUGUAACCCAUAGUUUGGCCUGGCUCUUCUUUGUAGCCCUCGAUGCUCUUAUUUAUUGGAUUAUUGUUGUAUUGAGCAAACGAUUAGAAGAGCUGAAGCCACUCCAUGUUCCGGUGUUACUAAAAGUGGAGGAAGGAACUUACUUUAUCGGCAUUAACGUGGAACGUGGGCAAAAUGUCUAUGACUUUUCCUUCGAUGUACCCAUUUUUGAAAAGAAGUGCUUGCCGGCGCCAGAACUGUGGCUCAACUAUUCACUAUCCAGUCUGUUAGUCAUCCUCGGCGUGCUGGUUCUUCUGGUUGUGGUGUCUUCAAAGCUCAGUCAGUUGAGACUCAUCGUGUCUGAGCAAUUCUAUGCAGAAGAAGCAGAGAAGCGGAUUGCCGGACUUCACGCCAAGAUCCUGAAACGACGAUCGAAAUGGACGGCCAAGGAUGCAAAAAGGACCCUGAAAUCAUUCGCCAAACAGCUCAACUUUUGGUUCCCCAUCAUUUUCCGUUAUCAAAACAACAACUAUGAGAAUAAGAUAUAA